CUUAUUAAGAUGCACAAUUCUAAUUUGUGAUGCAAUUCUCAAAGAAUACAACUUAAGAAUAGAUAGAGUAAAUAGUAAAUAUACUACUUGAACAUAAAUUUUAAUCUUAUAAGACUAGGAAUCUUUAAAAUGAUAAGAUUUUAUUAUUUAUAUCUAUUGGUGAUCCAAAAUUAAUAUUGGAAUAGGCAGAAUAGAUGUAAUUAUAUAAAGUAUGCACAAUAAUAUUAAAUAGUUAGUGAUUGAUCGAUCUCAUACUUAAUUGCAUGAUGUUUAUAGAAAGAUAGCAGAGAAAAUAAAUAUAAAGAAAGUAUUAGAUGAGAGAUUAAUAACAGCUUUAAAUUAGAUAGAUAAAAGAAUAGUGGAAUUUGAAAAUUAUUUAAAAUUUAAAUAUGACUUAAAAAGUGAUUUCUGUUUAUAAAAUGAUGAUGCAGAAGUCGUAAAGAUAUUUAGUCCAUCAGAAACCUUACUUAUAAUAUAUAAUUAUUUACAUACAAUAAAGAUAGGAGAUUUAGAUAUGAUUCAUUUUCUUAAAACUGAAGAAUAUUUAUAGUAAGUAACUCCAAUUCAUGAUGAAUUAGUAUCAUUAAAUACAGUCACUGAUAUAGAGAGAUAUUUUGGAGGUAAUGUAGCAGUAUAUUUUGAAUUUAUGAACUUCUAUUAAUCAAUGCUUAAGUAUUUAGCAAUUGCAGCAUUGAUUACUUUAAUAAUUGAUCAUUAAAGCACACUUUUUAAAAUAACUAAUGUAGCUAGUUUUUAUGCAGUAUUAACAAUGGUUUGGUCAACAUUCUUUAUUAUAGCUUGGCGUCGAAAGGAAAGUGAAUUAAGUGUAGAAUGGGGUGUAUUUGGAUAAUAACAUAUAAAAAGACUUGAUCUUAAUCCAGAAUAUAAAGGCACUCCUAAAAUCAAUUAUAUUACAGGCUUAGUCAAAAAUAGUUAUCCAACAAGUAGUAGAAUAUUCUAUUAUAUGGUAUCUUUAUUUGAAGCCAUUCCCAUACUUAUUAUUGCUGGUUUAAUUAAAAUUGUAGUAUUCAAUAUUAAUGGACUCAUUAGAAAUGAAGACAGUAUUUUCUAUAUAAGAGUAGCCUCUAAAUUAAACUAGCCAGGUGGUUUAUUAUAUUAUAAAUAUACUACUAAUGUUCUAGAUAUUUUUACAAUACUUUUAAUUUUCUACAUAAACACUCUUUAUACUAAAGUUUGCAUUAAUUCUACUAAGAGAGAAAAUCACAGAACUAAUUUGAGAUUUUAUAAUUCUUUGAUUCUCAAAAGAUUCUUGUUUGAAUUAAUCAAUAGAUUUUUUCAUUUAUUUUAUAUAGCUUUUAUUGAAUUUGAUAUUCCAACUUUAAGAAAUCUAUUAAUUAAAUUGUUUGUUAUGGAUUAAAUUAGAAGAGUAUUAUUUGAAUCGCUAUUACCAAUGUUGAUGAAAUAAUAAUAUGAAAAAUAAAAAGAUUAAUAUAGAUUAAAUCUUUAAAAGAAAGAGGACAUAAAUGAAAAGAUUGUUGAUAGAAUUGUAUUUAUUUUAUAUUUUAUUUUUCUAGGCAGAACUUGAACUUUGGGAAUAUGAUGAUUUUGAUGAUUAUAUUGAAGUUAUAUUUUAAUAUGGUUACAUUGUAUUGUUUGCAGCUAUUUUUCCUUUAGCUGCUGCUCUAACAUACAUUUUCAACUUUAUUGAAAUAUGGAGUGAUAAAUUUAAAUUAGCGUAUAUAUUUAUAAUAUCUAGAAACAAAUUGUAUUAAAGAAGUCUUCCAAAAAAAGCUCAUAGUAUUGGAGAAUGGAGAACUGUUCUAAUGACUUUAUCUGUUUUAUCAAUCUACACUAAUACAGCCUUUAUUGCAUUUGCUUAUUUUAAUGUAUUCGAAGCUUGCUAGAAAUCCCGUUGCGAUUGGGAAAAUAUUUUAAUUCUUCUAUUUAUGAUUGAACAUUUCUCCUUAGGUUUGAAGUAUGUUGUAUAACAAACUAUCAACUCUAAACCUAAAUGGGUUAGAAUUGUAUUAAGAAGAAUGAAAAAGAAAAGAAGAAGUUUUAAUUAUUGA